AAUCGUGAGCAGUUUUCAUCUUGUGUAGCUAUGAGUGGAAGAGGUAAAACCGGCGGCAAAUCAAGAGCGAAGGCCAAGACUCGGUCAUCCAGAGCGGGUCUUCAGUUUCCCGUUGGCCGUGUUCACAGGCUUCUUCGCAAGGGUAACUACGCUCAACGCGUCGGUGCCGGAGCUCCAGUGUACCUCGCCGCUGUUCUCGAAUAUCUCACCGCUGAGAUCCUGGAGUUGGCUGGAAACGCCGCUCGGGACAACAAGAAGAGUCGAAUCAUUCCCCGCCAUCUGCAGCUGGCCGUGCGUAACGACGAGGAGUUGAACAGACUUCUAGGUGGUGUGACCAUCGCUCAAGGUGGUGUGUUGCCCAACAUCCAGGCGGUUUUGCUGCCCAAGAAGACCGACAAACCCGCUAAGGCCAAGUAAACGACUUUUCUCCGGAAUCAUAAAAAAGGCUCUUUUAAGAGCCACCCACUCGAACCAAAAGAGAGCGGUUUUAUGGCAAAUCCAAACAAAGGGUUUCGAGCGGGAGCCCCAAGCUGCUGCUGCUUUUCGUUUGAGUGAAGUUAUUUAUUUAUUUCUGAUGAUGAUAAAGAGAUGCGGCUAGUUGUAAAGGUUUUAACUUUAAGAUUUGUGAAUACGGGCUCUGGCGUUGAAAAUAAAGUUCUUAAUGGCCUUUCCUCCUAACAGGCCGAGGGGAGCGUUUUCCUUCAGCCUCAUCCCACGUAGGUCGCGAUUAAAUGUAUAAUGUAUAUAAUGUAUAUAUAUAAUGAACAUAAGGACUUAAAAGCUCAUAAGAAUGUUAUGAAAUAAGUCUGUUUUGCUAAACUGCUCAAUGAUAAGUUAAAGGAAAUGCACUCUUUGCACGGCCACUUCCGCGUUUAAGCUCAGAGGGUGAAAACACAUCCGCUGCCCUACUGGAAGCCAUUCUUCUCUGCAUAGAGCUGUGAACACGACAUCGGAGAAGAUGAAUAUUUGUACUCGAUGUUUACAUUAAAUUCGCCAGAUUACAAUAAACGAAGUACUCAACACUUUACGAUUAAAAAUACAUGCACAGCUUGGGUGCUAUUAGCAUGCAGCACGCAACGUUAAGGCUGGAUAACACUGAAUGACAUCAUCUUUACACCGAGUUUAUCAACGAUUUUCGGCCCUUAAAUACCUUUACCUUUAAACAUCAAAUUUGUAUGAAUCUGACCAGAUGUCAAUCACACAGUUCCCGGUAAGACACAAGUCAGAGAAGAUACAGCGUUUAGGAGCUUAAAGCUUCAAUUUAUUGUUUAAAUUGUGUUACGUUUUCCAAUGAUCACAGACAAAGUCGUAAUGUUAACCACAAGAAUAUGAGAAAUGGUUAAGAAGGAUAACAUGAGAAGAACAGGGACGUCUUUUGAAUAGUAGUGAGCAUUUUACUGUGUAUUGGGACAAUUACAUAUAGUCAGUGUUGGGUGUAACUAUAGUUACUAAGUAAUUAGUUACUGUAAUUUAAUUACUUUUCCCUUGAAAAAAGUAAAGUAAGGGAUUACUCAUAUGUUUUCUGUAAUUUAAUUACAAACUAUUUUGAUGUAAUUAAACUAAAUACUUUGUGAAAUAUAUGCGUGUGCACUUGUGUAAUUGACAUCAACAGGUUUGACUAAUAAAACUCUUCCAAAUAUA